GGGCACGCGCACGGGUUUGCUCACUCACCAACUCACAGCUUGCGCAGCAAACGGUCUCCGGACCAAACAAUCUUAACAGAGAACGCUGCCAGACGCUUGCCACACAAAACAAUAGCGAUUUUCUGUGAAUAAACCUGAGCUUUUGUUGAUUUAAUUUGCCCGGUGACGCCCGGUAAUGGAGCCAGUCGGGUCUGAAUAACAGGCGCGGACAAAGCGGAUCAGCUCAAGCCGAGAUGAGCGCCACUAUGAGCGGCUCCGGGUCAGCGCCCUGCCGUUUCGCACAUUACUUUAUUAUAUGCGGAAUAGACAACGAAACGGGCCUCGAACCCGAUGCGUUAGCAGCUUUGUACCAAUGGCUAGAGGCCGAUCGGCAGGGCAGGGACCCACCGGCUGUGGCAGAAGGGGAAAACUUUGAUCAGAGCCCACUGAAGAGGACCUUUAAAUCCAAAGUGCUCGCCCACUACCCAAAGAACAUUGAGUGCAACCCAUUCGACCAAGAUGCUGUUAAUAUGCUCUGCAUGCCCAAAGGCCUGUCAUUCCGAACUCAACGUGACAGUCGCGCCCCACAGUUCCACUCUUUCCUCAUCACCAGAGAAGAUGGUUCUCGCACUUACGGUUUCGUCCACACCUUCUACGAGGAGGUCACGAGCCCUCAGAUCUGCUCCGCCAUGCAGACGCUACACCAGAUGCACCAGGCGGAGCACAACGCAUCUACACACAACUGCCCUUCUGCAUCCUCUUCAUCCUCUUCUUCCUCAUCAUCUAGUAUGGACUCUCUAGCCAGCAGCCUGGAUGAGGUGGAGUCUCCUACCUCGGCACAAGGAAGUCGCAGGAACUGCGGCUGCUCAGGCGAAGGCUACGACUCAGUCCGUGACACGCUGUAUGUGUCAAAAGCCAUGUGUCUGAUCACGCCCAUGCCCUUCAUGCACGCAUGCAAACGGUUCCUGUCACAGCUCCAUCGUGCCGUCACCUCCAAUCAGCCACCUCCGCUACCUUUGGAGAGCUACAUUUACAACAUACUCUACGAAGUACCGUUGCCCCCGCCCGGACGAUCUUUAAAGUUCCACGGUGUGUACGAACCCAUCCUGUGCCAGAGGCCUGGCGCCGGAGAGCUACCAUUGGCCGAUUUUCCACUGGGCGAGGCCUUCCGGUUAUUGGGGGUGGAAAAUCUGGUGCAGCUUUUCACCUGCGUCCUGCUGGAAAUGCAGAUCCUGCUUUAUUCACAGGACUACCAGAGGCUGAUGGUGGUUGCGGAGGGAAUCACAACGUUACUGUUUCCCUUCCAAUGGCAGCAUGUAUACGUGCCCAUCCUUCCCGCGUCCCUGCUGCACUUCCUGGACGCCCCUGUGCCCUAUCUCAUGGGCCUGCAGUCCAAAGAGGGCACGGACCGCUCCAAACUGGAGCUGCCUCAAGAGGCGAACCUUUGCUUUGUCGACAUUGAUAACCACUACAUCGAGCUGCCCGAAGAUUUCCCGCAGUUUCCCAACAAGCCCGAGUUCAUUCAGGAACUGACUGAGGUGUUGCUUAGUUUUGGUCUAUCUCCAGAAGGAGGCAACACCUCCCCUGCUCCAUCAAUCGCCAAGCAGACCUCCACGCUAGAAACGGAGCUGAAGAGUGUGUCUCUGAGCGAACUCGUUGAUGACAAGAGGAACGGAAACCUUGGAGGUGAAGCUCUGGAUGUUUUGGAGCUUCUUCAAGGCAACCCAACGUUGGAGCGUCUGCAAGCUCUGGCCAAGAGGACUGGCGUGAAAGUGGCCCGCUUGGAGGCGUUGGCUGCAGGGCAGAAGGCCGUAGGGGAAGAGAGUGUGGGAGGAAGAUCUCCCGAAGAGGAACAGGAGCUGCGAAACGCAAAGUUGAACGUGCAGCUAAGGGAGGUGUUUGCGGCACGCUUUGCAACGAUGUUUGCGGACUAUGAAUCGUUUGUGAUCCAGAACUCGCCAGAUCUGGAGUCCUGGCUGACCAACAGAGAGCAGAUGCACAACUUUGACAAGGCCUCCUUUCUUUCAGACCAGCCUGAACCGUACUUGCCCUUCCUGUCCCAUUUUAUUGAAACGCAAAUGUUUGCCACCUUCAUCGACAACAAGAUCAUAUCUCAGUGGGAAGAGAAAGAGCCCCUCUUACGAGUCUUUGACGGACGAAUCGAGAAGGCACGUCUCUACAAUGUUCGUGCCCCCAGCCUGCGAUCCUCUAUCUACCAGAAAUGCACUUUCCUCAAAGAGUCUGCCCAGGCAAUAGAGCAACGGCUAAGGAAGAUUGACCACACGGCCAUCCACCCUCACCUGCUAAAUAUGAAGAUCGGGCAAGGAAAAUACCAACAGGGUUUUUUCCCUAAACUGCAGGCGGAUGUGCUCGCCUCAGGACCCACUAGCAACAACAGGUGGUCCAACCGUACAUGCUCAACCCAGCGCAAGGUGGACCGACACAGACAACCGAACGACCAUCUUGUUCUAGACAAUGACCUCAAAGAGGUGGAGGGGCGUUUGCUCCUGCAGAACUCUAUGGCUUUCUGGGAAUGGGAUAAUACGGCACCCCCGCCUGUUAAACCACCCAAAAAAUCCUUCUCGGCCUGCUGUCUGAAGUACAUGCAGGAAGCCCGUAACCUGGGGAAGAACCUGAGACAACCCAAACUCUCAGACCUGUCUCCUGCAGUCAUCGCUCAGACCAACUGGAAAUUUGUGGAGGGCUUACUGAAAGAAUGCAAAAUUAAGACCAAGCGCAUGCUGGUGGAGAAGAUGGGGAGAGAGGCUGUUGAAAUGGGUCAUGGAGAGGCAAACAUCACGGGCCUUGAGGAGAACACGCUCAUAGCCAGCCUUUGUGACCUGCUGGAGAGAAUAUGGAGCCAUGGACUUCAAGUCAAGCAGGGGAAGUCUGCAUUGUGGUCACAUUUAUUGCACUACCAGGCAAGAGAAGAAAAGAACGAACUGCAGUCGGAGUCUCCGGUGUCUAAUAGUCAGGAUAAACGAAAGCCGGAGUCUAGUGUCGGUCUCCCUGCGUUACGCGUAUCACUGAUACAGGAUAUGAGACACAUUCAGAACAUGGGGGAGAUUAAAACCGAUGUAGGUCGAGCACGUGCAUGGAUCCGUCUGUCUCUGGAGAAGAAACUACUUUCCCAGCAUCUGAAACAGCUGCUGUCUAACCAGACUUUAACCAAGAAGCUGUAUAAGCGUUACGCCUUCCUGCGCUGCGAAGAGGAAAAAGAGCAGUUUCUGUUUCAUCUCCUGAGCCUGAACACUGUGGACUACUUCUGUUUUACCAGCGUCUUUACCACCAUAAUGAUUCCAUACCGGGCUGUCAUCAUUCCCAUCAAGAAGCUUAGUAAUGCAAUGACAACAUCGAACCCCUGGCUGUGUGUAUCCGGUGAGCUGGGCGACUCCGGCAUCCUGCAGAUCACGAAGAACGUUUUGGAAAUGACUUUCGACUCUGCCUUUAGGCCUCACGCGCACUUCUCCAUCACCUUCAAGUGUCAGAAUAUCGGGAGGUUGACAACAGUGCAGCUGGGUCACGAUAACUCGGGCUUGCUCGCCAAGUGGCUGGUGGAUUGCGUCAUGGUCCGCAAUGAGAUCACCGGACAUACAUACAAGUUCCCUUGUGGUAGGUGGCUGGGGAAAGGUGUUGAUGAUGGCAGUCUUGAGAGGGUUCUGAUAGGUGAACUUGUAGUACCGUGCAACGAUGAAGAUGGGGGGCGGACUCCACCCCUUCAGCGAUCUCCUUCACAGAUUCGACGAAUCAGCAUCACAUCACUUACAGGCCGCGGCAACAAACCAACAACAGUUCAGAUACAGGAAUCCAUCGGUGAAGCAGUAAACAACAUUAUAAAGCAUUUCCACAAACCGGAGAAAGAGAGGGGCAGUUUGACGGUUCUUCUGUGUGGUGAAGGUGGUCUUGUUUGGGCUCUGGAGCAAUUCUUUCAUCAUGGUUUUCGUACGGCUCGACUGUUUCAGAAAAACGUCUUUGUGUGGGACUUCUUUGAAAGGGCAGUGGCGUUAAUGGUAAAUGCAGAUCACAUUGAAGACAUACAGGAGACACCCGAGCCUCUCAGUCUGACUUGUGAAUCUUUUUGUCGCUAUGUCAAUGCCAUUAACAAUAUGCCACGCAACAUCGGCAAAGAUGGCAAAUUCCAGCUGUUGGUUUGUCUCGGGGCAAGAGAUCGAUUGUUGCCGCAGUGGCUCCCUCUACUGGCUGAAUGCCCCGUCAUCACACGCAUGUAUGAAGAGAACGCAUUACUGAGAGACAAGCUCACGGUCAGCUCCGUCGUCGCCGUCCUGCAGACGGUCAACGACUUCCCCAUAACGCUGGAGACUUCUCUUACAAAAUGCUUUGAACUUUAACUUGGGAUCUCUGCCCUUCUCUGCUGCCACCCUUUGGGCCAAGCCGGACCCAAAAGUUACUCUGCCCACUGCGCUCUCCAUCUGAGGAAAGGACCGAGAGCUUAUCAAUGCUUUUUAAGUCUCCUACGUCCCCACAGAAAUGAAACACUGAACUUCAAAAAAUGUGUUGGGAGUGAAAGCAGUUUUAAGAAUAAUUCCUGACUUUUGCUUUCAAAUUCGUCUCAUCUGCGAGCGCGUGUGAAGACUAGUCUAGCGCUUCUGCUUCAUCACGUGCCAUCUUGGGAAGCAUGUUUUUGGCAACAAGCAUUUGUGAGCGGCUUGCUGUACCUGCUGAAUACUGACAGAUUAUUUAUGUCCUAAACAUUCAAUACUGGUUUUAUUAGAUACUUCAGAGUCAGACGUCAAGUGAAAUGACUUAUUUUUAUUUGUAAAUUAAUGUAUAUUAGUUUAAUACGUAUACGCUGACGGAGUAAUAUUUUCACUGCAGAGAAACGAACUGGGAUUUAUGGACAUUCCAACAUGCAGUAUGCGUUACAAGAUGUGUUCAUAUGUCUGAUAGUGUUGUGUGUGUGUGUAUGCGUGUCGGUUAGGUGAGUGUGUGAUAAAUGUUUAUUUUGCCAAUGAGUAUUAACUUCAUAAUUUUAUUCAGAAAAACACUGGAAAUCAUCACAAAGCAAUAACAUGGCUCUUUUAAACUUUGUUUGUUGCCACCUUGUAGACUUGGAGAACACUUUAAGAUUAUUAAGCAAUUAAUUGAGGGGUGCUUUAAUGAAACAUUCAAGUCCUACUACACACCACUAAUUGAAGGACUGUGAAAAUGCGUUGUUAAUCUUUUUUUGCACAUCUCUUAUAAAUCACCUGUGGUUAAAACAACCCUGUGUUAAUGUUCUUUUGAUGCACCUGUUUAAAACUAAACCCACGCUGAGAGAAAUUAAAUGAGUUGUUACAGACUGUCUCAAAGCGGCUAUGAAUCACUUUGCUUUCACUGUUGCGUAAUGUUACAUGAGUUUUGCUUUUUAAUGUGAAAUCUCAGCAUUUGAUCGAAGAGCUGUAUGUGUGGGUGAUUGCAGGUACAUUUAGUCAUUAUUUGAGUUUUUUCAAAUGGUUAUAUUCCAUUUUCUUAAAAGAAAAAUCCAGAUAAUUUACUCACCACCAUGU